GCUUCGCAGAAUCAGGACAUUGCGUGUUCACAUUUACCGGCGUCGACUCUGGAUGCUCAUGUGUAGUUAUCAUUUUUAGCUAAAUAGUUUUGUAUCGUAACAUUUACAUCUAACUAGCUAAAAUAGAAUACGUGUAUUCAUCGUAAAAUGUUGUGUUUGAGUAGUUUAUCGGUCGCCCUCGCGGCGCUAACGUUGGUACCGAGUAGUAGCGACGCUUUGAAAGAUGGGGAUUGUGAAGUGUGUGUGAGCUUCCUGGGUCGGUUCUACCAGACGUUACAAGACAACAAUGUGAAAUUCACCAGUGCAGACAUCGAGAAGGCCCUCGUCAAAACCUGCAAAGACGCCAAGGGCAAGGAAAACCGCUUUUGUUACUACAUUGGUGGAACAAGUGAUGCAGCCACCAAAAUUCUCAACGAGAUCUCCAAGCCCUUGAGCUACCACACACCAGUGGACAAGAUCUGUGAGAAACUGAAGAAAAAGGACAGUCAGAUCUGUGAACUGAAAUACGACAAACAGGUGGAUCUGAGCACAGUGGACCUGAAGAAGCUGAAGGUAAAGGACUUGAAGAAGAUCCUGGAGGAGUGGGGAGAGUCAUGUAAAGGCUGCGCGGAAAAGUCUGACUUCAUCCGCAAGAUCAAUGAACUCAUGCCCAAGUACGCACCCAACGCAGCCCAAGCAAGGACAGAUCUGUAACGAAACGGAGGGGGAUGCAGACCUGUGUUCGUUUUCAGUGUCUCGGAGUAGGAGUGCUGAUGUAGGAUCAGUUUAGCCUUUUACAUCAUAAUGAAUAAGAAAUGGUCCCAAAAAACCCACCUGAUCCUAGGUCACACCUCAACUCUGAGACACUGUGUGUGUGUGUCCCGAGUACUACCCUAUUCCCUAAAUAGUGCACUACUUUUGACCAGAGCUCUAUAUGGACCCUGGUCAAAAAUAGUGAACUAAGUAGGGGAUAUGGUGCCAUUUGGGGGAUACUUUGUGACUACAGGCCCUGGUGAAGGGGCCAUGGUGGCCCUGAGGGUAUUUUGUGGUGUGUAAUGUUCGCUGUGCGGUAUAUGAACCACCCGACAGUCUGUACAUGACCUUAGUUUCUUUUUGAAGGGAUAGACUUUAUUAUUUGACUUAAUUAACGGUAUAAUCAAAUAGAACAGGGGUGUACAAGCUUUUAGGCAGAGGGUCCUAGACAGUGUGGGUGCAGGUAUUUGUUCCAGACAAGCAGUAAGUAAAGGUCCUGAUUCUACUAAUCAGCUAAUCAGUCUGUAAAUCGAAUACCGUUGAGUUGUGAUACUGAGGUGUGGCACUGCUUGGCUAGAACAAGUACCUGCACCCACACUGUCCCUAAUCCUCUACUGAUGAGGUUGGAAAGAAGUUCCAGGAAAAUACAAAACUUGAAAGGAAAUUUGCUGUUCUUUCACACUGAACCUUUCAUGUAAGACCUGAUGUUUAUUACAACUGUG